UUAUCUAGUCACUGUGAUAUUUGGCGCAGCGACGGUGAACGGACUAGCACCAUGAAAGCAGUCCUCACCACUGCCCUCUUCGCCUUGAUUUUGGGUACUGCUUACGGCUACCCGAAAUUAGGUUUCAACCCCGGCGCCGGUUUCGGCGGUGGCAAUUUCGGCUUCGGAGGAACGGGUUUCAAGGCAGCUGGUGCUGACUACGGCAUCGGUAGUGGCUUCGGAGGACCUGGCUUAAAGCCGGCUGGCAGUUUUGGCUUCGGUGGCUUCGGCAGCGGAAGACCUGGGUUCAACUUUGGUGCUAGCAACCUCGGCUACGGGGCAGCUGGUUUAAAAUCAGGUGCUGGCAACGUUGUGAGACCAGGUUUCAAGCCAGUUAUUGUCACCUACGGACUCGGUGUUGACUUCGGAGGUUUUAAGCCAAUUUCUGUCAAUGGCUACAGUAGUUAUGGCUACGGAGGAUCUGCUUUGAAGCCUGGUAUUGGAUUUGGUGCUGGCUAUGGCCAGGGCUUCGGCUAUGGCUUCGGAAGCUUCGGCGUCAAUUACGGCUAGGUCCUUCGGGUGAGUUGUGCGUUCGCAGUGGUGAAAUUAGUGGAUAAUGAAAAUAUAAAGAACGAUGUUUGGUAUCUAUUGCAUGAUCAUAGUCUAGUGCUCGUGCUUAAGAAUUUCUU